UGGCGAGAUGGUAAAGUGGAAUGAGCUCGUCAUUUGCGCGCCACUGAGCCAGUGCAGUCUGCAGCUCCUGCGUUUACCCUUCGCGUGAGACGUUGCGUGAAAUAUUUUUUGGCGCAGGGCACGCAGUGGAAAGCUUUAUCGUGUCCACCGUUGUUAUUUUUUAUUAUUUUUAUUAUCAAGACUUUACUAUUUAUUACUACUCUCAUUACUCGUUCUUUUGGAUUCCCGGUUCGAUUUGGGCAACAAUUGCGUGCUGGGAUCAAGCAUGAGACAAUGCGCCGGUGCUUUUUCUCCUUAACUCUCGCUCCUCGGUCGGUCCGUGCAAAGUGGUGGAUUUCCCCGAGCGAAGCUUCUUUGAUGCCCACUCCGCCAUGGGACGGGGUGCCGUGGCACUUGAAUGAGAGGCAUCCCAGGGAAGUGCAGUGACGGCGUGGCAGUGAGCGCCCACACGCUGCUUUUGAUGCCUCCGCCGACGUGGAGCUUGUCGCUGUCCGACGCGCGAGUGGUGCUGAAAUUUGGAUGAUGACUGGCCAUCGUCUGGAAGGCUGCCGCUCCUUGCACUUGAACGAGGACAACGGGCGCUUCGUGCUGCUCGCCCUCCUCGUCAUCAUCUACCUGCUGUGCGGCGCUGCGGUCUUCUCUGCCAUCGAGAGGCCCUCCGAGCUGCGGGCUCACGGCCGCUGGAACGGGACGCUCCGCAACUUCAGCGAGACCUUCAACAUCAGCCUGGGGGAGCUUAACUCUUUCCUGCGGGAGUACGAGGCAGCCUUCGCCGCUGGGAUCCGAGCUAAUGCUCUUAGACCACGAUGGGAUUUUACAGGGGCUUUUUACUUUGUUGGAACAGUGGUGUCAACCAUAGGUUUUGGGAUGACAACUCCUGUGACAGUUGCAGGCAAAGUGUUCUUGAUCUUCUACGGGCUCCUGGGCUGCGCUGCCACGAUUCUCUUCUUUAAUCUCUUUCUGGAGCGAAUAAUCACAUUGCUUGCGGUUGUCAUGAAAGCCGUGAGGGAGCGGCGGAUCAGAAACAGCGGCCUGCUCCCACCAGGGGUUCACCGGGACUUCUCGGCUUUCUGUCUACCUGGCUGGAAACCCUCCGUUUACCACGUUAUGCUGAUUCUAGGCCUAUCAGCCAUCACCAUCUCCUGCUGUGCUUCGGCCAUGUAUAGCCCUGUGGAGGGCUGGACCUACUUAGAUUCGCUGUACUUCUGCUUUGUGACCUUCAGCACCAUUGGCUUUGGGGACUUUGUAAGCAGUCAAACUGCAUCUUAUGAGCACCAAGGUCUCUACCGGGUGGCCAACUUCUGCUUCAUGUUAACAGGAGUGUGCUGCAUCUACUCGCUCUUCAAUGUCAUCUCCAUUGUUAUCAAGCAGGUGCUCAACUGGAUGCUAGAGAAGAUGAGCUGCUUGUUUUGCCAGCGUUGUAAUAAGGCCGGCACCUUCCUGGGCAGACGUAACGCAAUCCGACCGGGUUCCAAGGGUCGCCAUCCGCCAUACGGACCGUGCGACAGUGACACAGAAGGCCGCAGAAUGUCCGGGGAGAUGAUCUCUAUGAAAGACCUGGCUGCUUCCAACAAGGUGUCACUGGCCAUAAUGCAGAAGCAGCUUUCUGAGUCGGCUAAUGGCUAUCCCAGGACGGUUUGUGGCAGCUCACGCCAAAAUGGUUUCUCCGGGGGAGUGGGUGCCCUAGGCAUUAUGAACAACAGACUGGCAGAGACCAGUAACUCCAGGUAGAGGAUAAACCCAGACACUGGAAGCAGCUUUAAGAAACACUUGUCAAGUCAACGUGUUAUCCACAAUACACAGGACUGUAUGGAUUAAUGUGGCUCGGAUUUCCACUGUGAUGAGAGGGAUCCUUGACUAUUAAACAUUGAUCAUUAAGCAGCAGGGUAAAUUACUCUGAACGAGUGACAACCACCAAACAAUUUAAAUAGGAUCUCCGUUUAUGAAGCUAGUCAAUGAAAGCAUUUGGAGCAAUGUCUACUGUUUGUUUGUCUAUAUACUGUAUAUAUAUAUAAAUGACCAUAAUCAGUGGAGAUAUUAAUAUUUAAGAAAGAGUAUACUAUACUGGAUGAUACGGCACAUACCAAUCUAUGCAUUAUACAUCUUGUGAAUUAUUUUUGCACCAUGUCCUAUACCUUCUUUUAACUUUAGGGUAUCUAAGAGUGGCAGCAAAGGAAUUUAUAAGCAUGAUGUAGCAGAUGUGUUGUUGCUGCACUGGGAGGGGCUUACAGUGUGUUAAACUAACAGGCAACAAGACAUCUUGCUGUGCUCCCGUGGGAAAAAAAAGAUCUCGAAGUCUUUUUCUCGAGAGAGUCACUGGCCUUAUCAGCUCUGACCAUGUUUCUGUGUAAGAGAAAUACCUUUCAAUGUUUCCCUCUCUCCUCUCACAGCUGUGUGUGGAAAGGAAACCAAAUGUUAAAGACUUGCAAUGUAUUAAUUAAUCAGUCUUUGUACCGAGGAAAUGUACUUGUAUAAAAGAAUAAAUGAGCUGUACGUUUUUGCUUGAAGACGA